AACCGCAUACAACAGUGUAAAAAUGGCGACGUCCAUUGUCAGGAAAUUUGUUAGUCAAGGUUGCAGAAAGCCUGCAAGGAGACUCGGAUGUAAAAGUUUUAGCUCCACAAAGACAACACUGUCAGAUAAUAGAGUUCCUUUAAGCCAGCCUCUUCCAAAUUUCGUGCCGCCAAAAUAUGCAACGAAAGAAAGUGUUAAUCAUGAAACACAGAUUACAACCCUAGAAAAUGGACUAAGAGUAGCAUCGUUAGAAAAGUUUGGGACAUCCUGCACCUUAGGAGUUCUUAUUGAAUCAGGUUCCAGAUUUGAGGUGAACUAUCCUAGUGGAAUAAACCAUUUCUUAGAAAAACUUGCUUUUCAGAGGAGCUCAGAGUUUUCCAGUCGAGAUGCUGUGGCCCAGGCGCUGGAACAGGUGGGAGGUAUCAUGGACUGCCAGACCACCAGGGAUGUUUCUAUUUAUGCCACCACAGUGGAUGUCACAGGCAUAUCCACAGCCCUAAGGAUUCUCUCAGAAACUGUGAACAGACCAAUAAUAGAAGAAAAGGAUCUUGAGAGAGUGAGACAGGCGGUGGAGUUCGAGUUACAAUCGCUGAGGAUGGUGUUAACCCCUGAUGUUCUCAUGAAUGAAAUGGUCUUUGCUGCAGCAUACAGGAACAACACAGCGGGCCUGCCGAAGCUGUGCCCCAAGGAGAACAUUGAUCGUAUAACUCCACGGACCCUCUACACGUAUCUCAACAGCUUCUAUGACCCGUCACGGAUGGUUGUGGCUGCCGUUGGGACAGAUCACCAGUCUCUGGUAGACCUGGUCCGCAAACAUUUUGUGGAGAAGAAGCCAAUAUGGGUAGAGAAUCCUAGCCUGUAUGAGGCGGACAAAGGGAGGGACAACUCCAUUGCGCAAUACACUGGUGGAAUCGUUACAGAGCAAGCGGACCUCUCACAGCUGAACCUGUCGGCGUCAGAAAUGCCGGAUCUAGCUCACCUGGUGAUCGGGUUGGAGAGCUGCUCGCCUAAUGACGCAGACUUUGUUCCGUUCUGCGUCCUGAACAUGCUGCUGGGCGGCGGGGGAUCCUUCUCCGCGGGCGGCCCAGGCAAGGGGAUGUACUCCAGACUGUAUCUCAACGUACUCAAUAGGCAUCACUGGAUAGAGAAUGCGACAGCUUUCAAUCAGGUGUUUGAUGACACUGGCCUGUUCUACGUGUACGGUAGCUCACAUCCUUCAAAGAUCCAUGAUCUUGCGCAGGUGAUUGGUGGAGAGCUGGUAAACACUGCCGGCAAAAUGAAUCGAGAAGAGCUGGAGCGUGCCAAGGUGCAGCUGCAGUCGAUGCUGAUGAUGAACCUGGAGCAGCGCCCAGCUGAGUUUGAGGACAUCGGGCGGCAGGUGCUCUCCACGGGCCACCGCAAGCCACCACAGCAUUAUUAUGACGCUAUUGGAGCUGUCACUGCUGCAGACAUGAAGCGUAUAGCGAACAGAAUGCUGGCCUCAAAACCGUCCGUGGCAGCGUAUGGUGACGUUGCCACGCUGCCCUCUCUUGAGACCUUCCAGAAAAUACUACGUGGGGAUAAGACUGGGAAAUCUAGAACAUUCUCGUCUUUGUUUGGAAAAUGAGUUAAAAGAUACUCUUUAAAGAAUUAACGUUCAGGAUAUGCUCAUAUUUGUGUGGGAAAUGAGCAAGUAUGAGGCAUUAAGUUGAUCAGAAAACUAGAUUGACAUCUUACUUGGAGCUCACAUCUGAAAAUAUGCCCGCCAUGAGUGCGAAGUAUGUCUGCACUGUGGUGAGAUAUUAUUGUCAAUGGGAUCUGAGCUUAUUUUCACUGACAGCAACUAUUCAGUUUUUAUUCAAAUGUAAUACAGAAGCACUUAAUAUAUCAGUUUUUAAAAAAAAGUCCAGAAUAUGUAUGGAAAUGAUAACAGGAACAUGUGUUUCAGCAUGCUGUUUUUUGUCCCCUACUGGUUUCAUUUUGUUCCUUUUUUGUCAAGAAUUAUGGUUGCUAUGCCAACAAAUACUGCUGAAAAUGGUGGUUUUCUGGAUCCUGCCAUAACUUUAAAAGUUCUUAAUAUGUCAUGAAACUUGUAACAUGGAUAGAUGGCAAUAUGGACAUUAUGCAUGUCAUUUCAUUUUGUUCCUACGUCAAAAAUUCUGGUUGCUAUGGCAACAAAUAUAUAUAAAAAAUUAGCCUGACAAUGGUGGAAUUUCUGACAAUAAUGGAGCCGGUAGGGGACAUAUAUUGCUUGGCAAUAGUCUUGUUUUACUAUAGUAUAUUGAAUGUGUACAUUAAUGUAUGUAUUCUUUCUGUGUAAAGAAUGUUGGGACAGAAUAUAAUAGCUGUUUGUUAAAUGCUCUGCAAUUUUAGCACAGUAUUGCCUUAAUAUGGACAUUAGCUUAAAGGAUUGGCAAUCAAUUUAUACGGCUAUGCUUUUUGAUUAAACUAUUGGUAACUUAUUUAUACAGCCUUAAAGUAUUGGCAACUAAUUUAAACAGGUAUGUUUUUGCUUAAACUUAAAAGUAUUGGUAACCAAUUUAAACAGCUAUGUUUUUGCUUAAACUUAAACUAUUGGCAACUUAUUUAUACAGCUAUGUUUUUGCUUAAACUUAAAGUAUUGGCAAAUAAUUUAUACAGCUAUGUUUUUGCUUAGUGAUGACAAAUCAUGUAUACCCCUGUAUUCAAAAGCUCUUAUAUUUCAUGCUGGUUUGUAUCAUUUUGACUAUACUGUCAUUGUAUUUAACCUAUUUGUUUUGAUACUAGUGAAGGUUUUUGACAGAUUGUGAAUCAAAUUUGCUUAAUUUUUCGACUCCAUAUUUGUACAUAUCGCUUUCUUAGUUGACUAAACACAUUGUUUGUAUAGCUUUUUCAUCUCUUUCAUAAUAGAUAUACAAAGGCCUUGCAUUUGAGUCUCGCUGUAGGAAAAUGUGGCUUAAUGCACUUAAAACAUGCAUUAAGCCCCGUUCUCCUAGAGCAUGGCUUAUUAAUAUGAUUGACAGAUUUGCAAGCGUCAAUUGUGUUUCCUUUAGUUUUAGUUCAAAGUCAAAGUGCGUGUUUGUUUUUGUUUAUCAGCAUGUGUGGUAUCCACAUAUAUAUAUAUAUAUGAUUUAAACAAAUACCACACAUUCUAAA